AUGGGUGGUAUUCGUGAUAAGAAAAUUGAGUAUUUCUCAAAGUUGAGAGAAUUGUUGGAGACUUACCAAUCCAUCUUUGUGGUUGGUGUCGACAAUGUCUCUUCUCAACAAAUGCACGAAAUUAGACGUGCAUUGAGAGGUGAAGGUGUUGUGUUGAUGGGUAAGAACACCAUGGUUAGAAGAGCCUUGAGAGGAUUCUUGGCUGACUUGCCAGACUUUGAGAAGUUGUUGCCUUUCGUCAAGGGUAACGUUGGUUUCAUUUUCACCAACAGUGACUUGAAAUCUGUUAGAGACACCAUUACUUCCAACGUUGUUGCUGCUCCAGCCAAGGCCGGUGCCGUUGCUCCAGCUGAUGUGUGGAUUCCAGCCGGUAACACCGGUAUGGAGCCAGGUAAGACCUCUUUCUUCCAAGCUUUGGGUGUCCCAACCAAGAUUGCCAGAGGUACCAUUGAAAUUGUGUCUGAUGUCAAGGUUGUUGAAAAGGACGGUAAGGUUGGUCCUUCCGAGGCCACUUUGUUGAACAUGUUGAACAUCUCUCCUUUCACCUACGGUUUGACUGUUGUUCAAGUGUACGACAAGGGUCAAGUGUUCCCUGCCACCAUCUUGGACAUCACUGACGAUGAAUUGAUCGGUCACUUUGUUUCCGCCAUCAACACCAUCGCCUCCAUCUCGUUGGCUGCUGGUUACCCAACCUUGCCAUCUGUCGGUCACUCUGUUGUCAACCACUACAAGAACGUGUUGGCUUUGUCCAUCGCAACCGAUUACACCUUUGAGGGCUCUGAGGCCAUCAAGGACAGAUUGGCUAACCCUGAGGCUUACGCUGCCGCUGCCCCAGCUGCUGCUGCAGCUUCCGAGGAGGCUGCUCCUGCUGCCGCUGAGGAGGAAGCCGAAGAGUCUGAAGAUGACGACAUGGGUUUCGGUUUGUUCGAUUAG